AUGGCGGAAAAGGAAGCCAUCAUCUUCAUCCUGGACCUAGGUUCCACCAUGUCCCGGACGCACAAUGGACGUUCCGAAUCGGAUCUGGACUGGAGCAUGCGAUUCGUAUGGGACAAGAUGACGGAUAUUGUCGCCGCGAACCGCAAGACUCUCUGCGUCGGCGUGGUGGGGCUGAGGACCGACGGGACCAGCAACAAGCUGCAGGCGGACGAGGGCUACGAGAACAUAUCGGUGCUGCAGGAUCUGGGGCCCAUGACCAUGUCAUCUCUCAAGACUCUGCAGGCGUCCAUCAAGCCAAGCAAGACGUGUGCCGGCGACGCCGUGUCGGCCAUUGUCGUGGCUGUCGACAUGAUUGACUCCUUCACCAAGAAGCUCAAGUGGAUCAGGAAGAUCUACCUCAUCACCGAUGGCCAGGGCGCCCUGGACGCCGAUGACGUUGAGCCCAUUUCCAAGAAGAUGAACCAGUCUAACAUAGGCUUGACAGUGCUUGGGGUUGACUUUGACGACGCCGAGUACGGGUUCAAGGAAGAGGACAAAACACCAACAAAGGCAGAAACAGAACAUGUGCUUACGUCGCUCGUUGAACGUUGCGAAAAUGGCACUUUGGCUACCGUGGCCGAUGCUAUCGACAGGCUGGACACCCCCACGGUCAAGUCUGUCAAACCGUACAAGACGUAUGACGGUUCCCUGACGCUGGGGGACCCUGAAAAGUUUCCGUCGGCAAUGAACAUCAAUGUCGAAAGGUACUUCAAGACUCACCUGGCCAGACCCCUCGGGGCAAGUACUGUGGUGGUCAAGCCGGAAAAUAUCGGAGGCGAGACGCAGUCUACGCAAACGGCGGAUGAGGCUAUGGAAGGCACCGACUUCUCUGCUGUCAAGCAGGCGAGGUCAUACAAGGUUAACGACCCGGAUGCGCCCGGCGGCAAGCGUGAUGUCGAAUUCGAGUCUCUAGCAAAGGGCUACGAGUACGGCAGAACCGCCGUGCCGAUAAGCGAGUCUGAACACAACUAUGAACCAUUCUUGAACCUCGGCGAGGCCUGCGUCACGUAUGCCCGCAAGUUUGACGAGGAAUCGGAGCUGGCGCUGUCCUCACUAGUAUGGGCUCUUCUGGAAGUAGAGUCUUACGCCGUGGCACGCAUAGUGUUGAAAGAUGGCAAGGACCCCCUUCUGGUUCUCUUGGUACCACACGUCGAUACGGACAUGGAAUGCCUUUACGACGUUCCCCUUCCUUUCGCCGAGGAUAUCCGGACCUACCAAUUCCCACCCCUAGAUAGGGUGGUCACCGUCAGCGGGCAGACCCUGAGCAAGCAUCGGCUCCUGCCCUCAGAAGACCUCGAUGAGGCAAUGAGUGACUACGUCGAUGCUAUGGACCUCUCCAGGUACGGUAUCGAUGACGAUGGAGAACCUGCCGAGUACGCCCCCUUUGACGAUUCUUAUAACCCGGCGAUACACCGAGUGAACCACGCUGUCAAGGCACGCGCCGUCCACGCGACGGGUCCAGUACCACCGACCCCUGCUGUUCUGUUGCGCUUCUCCUCACCACCGGAAGACCUCAUCCAGAAGGUCCAGAACCGGAUCGACACUCUUAUCCAGGUUGCCGAGGUGAAGAAAGAGGCACUGCGGAACGCGGCCAAGCAGAUGGGACAGAUCAUCCAGACACUCGUCACCGACAGCUUCGGGGACAGCAAGUACGCGCAGGCCAUCGAGUGCUGCGGUGUCAUGCGCGAGGAGCUCAAUAACCUGGACGAGCCACGCAUCUACAACACGUUCGUGCGCGACCUCAAGAUGAAGGUGCUCUCGGGAACCCUGGGGGGUGACAGGAGGGACUUUUGGUUCAACAUCCGGUCAUCCAGGUUGGGCCUGAUUGACAAGAUGCUGUCUGAGCUGUCCGAGGUGUCGACAGAGGAGGCGGCCGAGUUUUACAACCCGAGAUGA